CAGCCGCAGUCGGGUCGGGUGACGAAGAUGGUGCUCAUCAAGGAAUACCGUGUGGUGUUGCCGGUCUCUGUGGAGGAGUAUCAAGUAGGGCAGCUGUACUCGGUGGCCGAGGCCAGUAAGAACGAGACGGGAGGAGGCGAAGGCAUCGAGGUGCUGAAGAACGAACCCUACGAGAAGGAUGGAGAGAAGGGACAGUACACACAUAAAAUAUACCACCUAAAGAGUAAAGUCCCGGGUUAUGUGAAGAUGAUUGCACCAGAAGGAGCGUUAGUUUUUCAUGAAAAGGCCUGGAACGCGUACCCAUACUGUCGCACCAUUGUGACGAAUGAGUACAUGAAGGACGACUUUAUGAUAAAGAUCGAGACGUGGCACAAACCUGACAUGGGAACAGUAGAAAAUGUCCAUGACCUGGACGAGCAGACAUGGAGGACUGUGGAGGUGGUGCCCAUAGAUAUUUCAAGCAAAGAUGAAGUGGCCCACGGGGACUAUAAGCCUGAAGAGGAUCCGGCUCUUUUCCAGUCUGCUAAGACGGGCAGAGGACCUCUAGGCCCCGAGUGGAAGAAUGAGCUGAAGACAGAUUGUCCUUACAUGUGUGCAUACAAACUGGUCACCGUCAAGUUCAGGUGGUGGGGUCUGCAGACCAAAGUGGAAAAUUUCAUCCACAGGCAAGAAAAGCGUAUUUUCACCAACUUCCACCGCCAGCUGUUCUGCUGGAUCGACAAAUGGGUCGGUUUGACCAUGGAGGACAUCAGGCGGAUGGAGGAGGAGACUCAGAAAGAACUGGAGGAGAUGCGUCAGAAAGGAGACGUGCGAGGAACGUCUGCGACGGACGAGUAGAGGCCGCGGCCGUAGCUCAGACACUAGAGGCGGCUGACUGCGUAAAACAGGUCCGAUUCGAGGCACCAGUGCUGCUCACGAGCAAUGAGGCAAAUCAACCAAACCCCGUCACGAUGACGCCAUCGGAGACACGCCCACCAACCACGACGACGAGGAAGUGUGUCCCCCUCCCCUCCCCCAGCUCCUCCUCCUCCCCCCCCCCCCCCCCCCCCCCCCACAUCCCCGACGUCGCCUCUUCCUGUCUCUCAUGAAUCAUUGGGGGGAGGGGGGAGGGGCUUGUUUGACUCGAUUGGUUAACAGUACUGUACAGACCCUACUCCCCCUCCAAUCACACGCCUCCUCUUCACCCAGAAAACAAACAUUUUUUUUGCAUACAUAUAAAAAAAAAACGACAAAAAAAUUCAACAAAAAAAACAAAAAAAAACUCUUUGCACAGAACGUAAAUAAUUGCCUGACAUGUAAUUUGUUAGUUGAUCAUUACGAUGGGCUUCGUUUUUAUUCAGGUGUGUUAACCGUGACUCAAGACAGUCAAGCCUUUUUAAAUUAAGUAGAAUGUUGUUGUUUUAUUUUGUUUUAUUUUAUUUUAUUUUAUUUUAUUAUUUUUUAGCUGCACCGGUUCCCACAAACAUUGACUUGAGCUGUUGUCGGACCAUGUAUCUCCCCACCGUCACUUCCUGUCUCGACUUUAAUCCUCGUCUCUUCCGCUCGGCGUCGUCUGUAAUCUGGUGUUGUAUUUUUAUUUUGUCUAGACCUCCUCCCCCGUCCUCCCCCCUCGUCUCUCGCCGCGCCCUCUUGUCUGCCAGUUGGUUGGGAAACACUUUUUGUUUUGAAGCUAAAAUUAUUCGCGCACGAUGAGAUCGACCCCGUCACUUGUGCAUGUGGACGACGGCAGCUAACUUUUUCAUUUUUUUUUUUAAAUUUUAUUUUAUUUUCAAACCCGUCGUUGCAUGUCGCUCGUGUGCGUCGAUCGGAGAUCGUGUUUGGCGCCCUCUAGUGGGGACGAGUUCACCUCCCGUUUGAAACUGGGAGGACUUUGUGACGUCUUUGCCUCGUGCUGUCGCUGCAUGGCCUUUCUCCUCGUAGCGGCUCGGCCUCCAACUCAAGCUUUCACCUUUCUUUCUUUCUUUUUUUGUAAUUUUUAUUUUAAAAACGAAUAUGUUGGAGAAGUCUGCGUGCAUGAAUCGAGUUAUUUUUUUUUCCUCUCAACUGACAGCGCAUAAGGGUCCAGGCAGGCCUGCUGAGUUUGUUGCUGUGGAUUGGCGAACUUUUUAUUUUUAUUUUUUAUUUUUAAAGCUUUUCAUAAAGUCUGAGGAACUUUUCUGUACUUGGGAGUUUAAUCCUUUAACACCUAAGCCUCAAAAUGUCCUCCUGGAUCAUAAAAAUGUCAGAAAAUGUCCUGCGAGUGAGUGUUUUUGCCCAUUUCUUUUCUAAUAUCUGGCAAUUAUUUAGACUUUACUGCAUGUUAUCAGAGUGUAAUAACCUUCCGGAGGCGCAGGUGGAAUUACCGUAAUGUUCGACUGUAAAGUGCAACGUAAUUACGGUAAUCCAACAUUUGGUUUUAAAUAUGGGUUAAAUAAGCUCUGAAAUCGUUCCUGUAUCGUUUCUUUGGCUGCGUUUUAUUUAAAUAUUAUGAUUUUUCUUUUCCAUGGCUACAAGAGCGAGCUGUGCGCAGGUCCUGUCGGGUCGUGAGGUGAAAUGUCCAGCUUUUUUUUUUUUUUUUUACUGUGAUCGGGCGUCUUUAAAGAGUUUUAAGUGUACUUUAUAGAAGUGGACAUAACUUGUACAUACGAGCACUGACGAAAGCCGGGUUUAUCGUUCAUUACUGUACCGCUAGGAGUGUAACUUUGCGAGGGUUUUAACGUCGGGACGGCGUGCUGUUGGUUUAACUGUACCUCAUCCAUGCUUAUGAAUGUGCAGCUGUACAGAUGAGGGGGAGGUGACGCCUGUACAAGCAUGACAUGGACCCACUAUAUCACCACCAGUUCACGAGGACAAACAGAUUCACUAUAAAUAGACUAGAAUGCAUGCUCUCUCUUCUUUCUUUCUUUUCUUUUUUUUUUAUCUUUACACAUUUCCUUUCUCUUGUCUGGACGAUUCUCCAGAGAGAAAAGGAAAUGUGCCGUUUUGUUUUCGUUUGUUUUUAUUUUUUUUUUCCUUAAAGGGGGCGUCUCUCUCCUCAGAAUCAAACUGGACUCGGCUCGACCUCAGACUUUACCGGCGAGGAGUGAAAAGCCUGAGAAAGUUUGAGGAUGACGAGGAGUCGCCCCCCCUCCCUCUGCAUCGACCGACUGUGAGGGGGCGGAUAGAAGCUUAGGGAACAGAUGGGAGUCCAAAAAUACUGUUUUUCUUUAUUGUAAUCAUGAAUAAGAAGCACUUGCAAAAAUCUACUGUUUUAUUUGUUUUGUUUUAUGUUUUUUUCUUUUCUUUUCUUUUUUUUUUUUUGAAAGGCAAAGAUAUUCACAGUGUAUUCGAUUAUUUUUCUUUUUUUUCUGAUAAGGCAACAUUCAGGGGAAUUAGUAGUGAAUGUAAUACAAUUAGUUUCUUGUUUCCACGGCCCGCGAGCUGUGACAGAAGGUCUAGACAAUGGAACAUAACAGAAUAUCUAAUAAAUUUGAACAAAUAAGAGAA